UCUAUAAUGAAAGUGAUAUUCAUUAAAAAAUCAUCUUUUUUCUCGUGUAGUAACAGCUAACAGAGCUUCACAUGGAUCACACAAAAAUCAAUCAAAAGUUGCCGGUUCAAUUCAGGUCGGUUGAAAGGUCAGAUAGGUCGAAGGUCAUGUGUACUCUGUGUAUACACAAUGCCAUGCAUGAUUCAGCUGAACGAAGCCACAGACUGGAGCCAUCUGGACUGUUCGCAAUGAUAACUUAUGAAAAAUUCCAAAUAAGUAGAUCUAGCGGGUGAGAAAAUCAUCAUGGAGGUAUGACAUUAGAUUGAAUAAACGGACAUCUCAAAAACUUUUUGAAAAUAUAGAAUCUACGGACCACUGCUAACAAAUCAUCACGAUGGUAGUUUUGGUGAUAAUGGGAGUCAGUGGCAGUGGCAAAUCAUCAGUGGCUGAAAAACUUGCAGAAAAAUUGUCGUGUUCUUCCAAAGAUGCAGAUGAAUUUCAUUCCAUGGAAAACAAGAAAAAAAUGACUGAGGGGACUCCGUUGACAGAUGAGGAUAGGUUACCAUGGUUACUGGCUAUCCAUGCUCAUAUUCAAAG